AUGCAGGUCAUCAAGACUCCCCUCAUCGUCUUGAUCACGGUCGCUGCUUGCGCUUUGAUUGGUCAGGCCGGCCAGGCUGCCGCUACUCCCAUGCUCUAUGCUAGGGACAUUUCUGCAGGUGAGUCACGAGCGCUUGCAAUGAGAUUCAUGGGCCCGUCUUUCUGAGGCGGCGGCGCUUAGAAAGUGCCACGCCCAAUGUUCAGAGCACGACGUGCCGCAGCUUGAGCGACGUCAGACGUCCAAGGGUCGUCAGACACUCCUAG